CUCAACUUCCUCCCAGCGCCAUCUUGGCUGCCCAGGUGCCCCACCGCAGCAAGGCCUUCUUGGUUUCUUGGCACGGAAAGCCUGCUUUUCCAGGCCCGCCUCUGCCUCCCGCGGCCAAGCAUCUUUCGCCCGCCUUGCCUGCUCGGCUCCAAGUGCCAGGCUGCCCGUGUCGGCUGUGCCGAGUGGGCUGGAGAAGUCGCAGGCGCCCGGCUGCGGCCGAGGACCUGGCGGCACCCAGCGCCCGGGGGCGCGGUCGCCCGGCCCGAGGCCACCUGGAGGGGGUCGGGGUGACCUGUUUUCCCAUACAGUAAAGACCACAUUUGGCUAAUGAGCAAGGAGGUGAGGUCCUCAAGUGAGUCAGAGGUACAGAUCUGGGGAACAGAAGAGGAUGACAUGACAGAAGGCGAUCUGGGCUAUGGCCUGGGGAGAAGACCCAGUGGCAUUUACAAAGUGGAAGGUUCACAUUUAUCCAUGUGCAAGAAAAGAUCGGUCGGGAAGCACUGUAGCCCACCUCCAUUUUCAAGCAAGGGGGAAGAAAUAGGUGGAGCCCUUUUUCAGUAUUGCAAGCAUAGCAGUCUGCAGGAUGGAUGCCCUCCGAGGUAUGGAACCUCCAGUUUCAGGAGACAGAGUAGCUCUGAUUCUAAUUCAGAAUUAUCAAAUGAAGAAUUAAGGCAACGUCUUCAUGAAACUUUAGAGGAAGUAGAAAUUUUAAAAACUGAACUUGAGGCAUCUCAAAGACAACUUGAAGGUAAAGAGGAAGCACUAAAAAUUCUUCAAAGCAUGGCAGUACUUGGCAAAGCCACAAGUCACACUCAGGCAGCACUUCAAAAAACUAAGGAACAAAAGAGAUCCUUGGAGAAGGAAAUAAAUGCCCUGCAGUGGGAAAUAGAAUUUGAUCAGGAUAGAUUUAAAAAUAUAGAAGAAUCCUGGACCCAGAAAUAUGACAGACUAAACUGUGACAAUGCCAUCCUCAAAGAGGAUUUGAAGCUGAAAACAGAAGAAAUUAAAAUGCUCAAGUCAGAAAACGCAGUGUUGAAUCAGCACUACUUGGAAGCCCUCGCCAUGCUUGAUAUCAAAGAGCAGAAGGUAUCUCAGGAAAGCCUGUGCCAGGACAAGAGUGGCUUAACGGAGGUAUCAGGGCUUGAGCUCGCGGUCCUUGGAGCCUGCCUAUGUGGUGGUCCUGGAGGCAGCCCCUGUUCUUGUGCCAAAAUGGCAGCGUCCACUCGGAAACUGGUUCUUCAGCUCAAACAUGAGUUGGAACUUCUGCAGAAAAGUAAAGAAGAGGCUUACAUAAUGGCAGAUGCAUUCAGAAUUGCAUUUGAGGAACAGUUAAUGAGGAAAAAUGACCAGGCACUGAGAUUGACACAAAUGGAUAAAAUGUGUAAAAAAUCAACCAAAGGGAUAAACUGGAAGCUCUUGAGAGAAGAUGUCACAGGAGGCUUGCCCCAGAGAGGUAAGAAGACCGUAGGUCAGAAACUGUUGGGCAUGCUUCCUUCAGAAAACAGUUGUAAGAAGGCUGAAGACCUGGACAAUUCUCAAGACGUCUUUAAGAUGCUAAUAGACUUGUUGAAUGAUAAAGAAGAAGCUCUGGCUCAUCAAAGAAAAGUUAGCUACAUGCUUGCUCGGGCACUGGAAGAGAAAGACAUUGCCACAAAAGAGAAUAAAGAAAAAACACUUAUCAAAGAGAAUUUUGUAUUCAAAAAUCUCUGGCAUAAAACUUCUGAAUUUUCUGUUAUACGUGAUUCUGUACAUUCAGAUUCCAGUUUUAAUUCUGCCGGCUGUAUUUGUUCUAUCCAGCAACCUCAAACAGCUCUAAACCACUCAAGAACUCUUAAAAGGUCCAGUUCUUUGCCAUCAAGUCUCCUAUUUUGAAGAUGAACCAGGUGAAGUUUGAAAUGAGAUUGGCUAGCAUUUGGAGACCUUGGAGCUGAUGUGGCUCUCCUGUAGAGCACUUCCUACUUUGUAGGCUACAGCACCACAAAAAGAUCCUUUUGGAAAAGGAUUAUAGAAAUGUUACCUCAUCUUGAAAAGUUAUAUAUUUUUUGGUAUGCUUAAAUUUUGAGAUUCAGAUUAAAGAAUCAAAUCAUUUCUGGAUU